AUGAAUUUUAAUGUCUGGAAUAUCAAAGAGAUGCUCAGUAUUCCCUCAGGCUCUGGGACCACUAAGUCAUCUAGCUGGAAUAAUAAUCAGGCUGAUUACUCCAGUCUCAGUGACUCCCAGUUCCUCUUUGGAUCCCAGUUCUGUCCAGAAAGUUCAGAGACUCUGUCAGCACCCUUGGAUGGUGUCCACGUGAGACAUCCAAAACAAUCACAACAGAAUUCUCUGGACAGUGAACCUAGUAUUUUCACAAAGUACCAGACAAAACCCCCGCUGUUUGGAGCAGAUGCAAACGAUAGAGGCUUAUUUCCUCCACCUUUGUCAGUUGGAAAAUCAAAGGGCCUGUUGGAACAGUUUGAAGAGAAAAAGAAAAGGGCAAAAGACAAAUGUGACAGUGAGACUCUAUACAACCUCAUUUCACAUAUCAGAGAAAGCAUUCACAGGUUGCAGACAUCUGUGGAAAAGUCUGAGGAACAUCUCAGCUCAAGAAGCCAAUCUAUUUUCGAUGGUUUGGAGACCCUGGCCAAGACCUUGCAAGAGACCGUGCGGGCCCAGAGUGAUCUGGUGUUGGAAACGGUGCAUGACAAAGGCAACAUGGAGCAGGUCAUCUUUGAGAUACAGAAAAGAUUUGAAGCUAGACAAGCAGAGUUUAUAGAAAUGAGAUCCGACCUGAAGCACCUUGAAGCUUUAGUGGCCCAGCAGAGUAAGGACUUCCAGCAGCUGUGUGAGCAGCUAGGCCAGCUAAAUGUGGCCAGUGUCCUGGCAGAGCUGAAGAGAUUGAUUUCAGACCCUCCGGUAGCCGGGCAUGUGAAAGACAGCACUUCCCAGACCUCACCGCCUCUGGCCCAGAGCCUCCAUUUCACCAGGCAGGGCAGGUACGCUUCUGAGGAGGCAGUUCUGUGGCCGGCGCAGGCCCCCCCUGCUGUACGGACUCGGAGUAUGGGCUCCCUGCAGCCUGGAGAGUUCGGUGUCUGUGGUGAGAGAGCAGAAAGCGGUGCUCUCCAAGAAGAGGCUAUGCGGCAGGCAGCUGGAACCAGCAGAAGAAACAGGCGAGUCAAGGACAGGGCCGUGCAGACCAACCGCAGGAACCGGACGGGUCCUAAAACCAGCUCUGAGAACCAUGGCGCCGGCUCCCCAGGCCCCGAAGUUCCUGGUGGUAAGGACAGGGUUUCUCAGGGAGCCUCAAGGCUUCUACCCCUGGACUCAAACAAAUUUGCAGCCAGCAUUAAGAACACCUGCCCAAAAUGUCAAGCUGAAGGUGUGUCUCCAUGUGAUCCUCGUGAACAGAGGCUGGUGACUGCACAGAAAAGCAGACCUGUGGAAAGAGGGAGGAAAGGCAAAAAGCAGGCGCCCAGGAAGUCCCAGAGAGGCAGGCUCCGAGCCAGGAAGCAAGAACAAGCCCCUAGCAAAACCUGUGCUUUCAUUCCUAAAUACCCCCAGCCUCCAGUUUCUGGCCCACAAAGCCCCCCGCUGGAGCAGCAGAAACCCCGUGCUCAACCCCUGCAUCUGUGGGGCCCCAACAGCCCCACAAAGCCAGUCAGCGCUAUUCUGGGAGGAAGAGUCAUGCGCAGUAAGGCAGCGAGGGCAGCGCAAGGAGACCUCCUACAACUCAGUGGGCUUUCUUCCCAAGACGACAGCCUGCUUGCGACCAGUUCCCAGGGGGACCACCAGAUGAGCUGGUUCAGCGACCUCAACCUCGGAAGUUCAGACCCCCCUGUGUGCAAGGAGCCGGGGAAGAGUAUGCUCUAUGAUCUGGGUUUUGAUAGCAGUGAUGAUGGCUUCUGACCCGCCCACAAAAUUCUUCAGCUGGUAGUUGAUGGGUGGCAGCUGGAAAGAGGCACGACCCCACACUGAGGCCGGCGAACAGCAGGAAGUCCAGCGCAGGCUCAGAGGCCCUGCUGGGGUCAGUGCAGGGUGGGUGCGGGGCUGGCGGAGCAGAUCUGGGCUGCUGGGGACCCGGUGCUGCCCGUGACGGGCGUGAGAGCUGCGCGCGUCCUUAUUUAUUGAGGGAAGUGUGUGAGGCCGGUGGUGCGGAGCUGGGCCAGCAGCCCGGGUGCA